CCAUGUCAUCCUCAGCUGUGCGAGUCUUCUGCUGGACCUUCUCCAGUUUUCGUUUGUUUUCUUCGAUAGCAUGCUGAAGUUGACUGAUCUGCUCCUGCAAUUUGACGAGACAAAGAACCGUUACGGCAGCGUCCACACAUUUUACAUUAAGACUUCAUGAAUGACAGCUGUAACACAGCAAAGAUGAAGCGGAUUAUCCUCGUCUGCGUGGUCUCCACCUUUCUCUCCUCAGCACAUGCUCAGAAGUUUCUCUUCAGCCCAAAAUGGGGCCCCAUUGGCUUUAAAGAGCGUGAAGAGCACAGUGAGAGGACAGCAAUGGAUGAAAUCAUCAGAGUAAAUGAGCUGCAUGCUUCCCGGAUCAUAGAUAGCACUACCAGCCUGAGGGAGGGAGACAUCGCAGUUUCUUCUGGAAAACGUUCUAAAGUCUGCUUUGCUCGUAGCUGCCUCUGGAAUAAGUCCGUGGAUGGACAUGUCUAUAUUGCAUAUAAGCUCUCAACUGAGUACACUGAUUUGGAGGUAAAGCAGAUAAAGAAAGGAAUGGAAAACAUAGAGAAAGGUACCUGUGUGCGCUUUGUACCUCGGACUCACCAGGAAGACUACAUUGACAUCCAGCCAAAAGCUGGGUGCUGGUCCUACCUUGGAGCGCGUGGUGGAAAACAGACCGUCUCUCUGCAGAGCCCUGACUGCCUGCAGGUCGGAGUGAUCUCCCAUGAAUUCAUGCACGCCCUGGGCUUUGUGCACGAGCAGUCUCGCUUUGACCGGGACAACUAUGUCACCAUCAUGUGGCCAAACAUUUGGAGGGACCGUUUGAGGAACUUUGAAAAAUUCCGGACUGACUCUCUAGACCUUCCCUAUGAUUACAGCUCUAUCAUGCACUACGGGAUGUAUGCCUACUCUCAGGAUGGGGAGCCGACCAUCAUUCCUAAGAACAGCAACACCAAGGAGAUAAAGCUGGGACAAACUACAAGUCUCAGUCACAUUGACAAGCUGAAAAUCAACAAGCUUUAUAACUGUGGUGACAUGGAUGAUAACUAACCCGAGUGAAUUGAGGUCAAACAGGAAUGUGCUGAAAGCUUCUUUUGCAAACCUAUGUCUAAUCAUGCAAAUAGUUUCAAUAAAGAUUGAUUUAAGCUUUAAAAA